AUGGAAUAUGCAUGGCCAGAGGACUUUUACAGGGACACGGUUAUGGAAAAGGAAAAGGAGUAUAAAGAGGUCGAGGAUGUAGGCAGUGACACAGUGCUAUUGAUAGAUGAGGGAAAGAGCAAGGCAUUAGAUAAGGAAAUAACGAGGAAAAUCCCACAGAUAUCAAGAGUCUUGGAGGACAUAGAAGGGGAAGUGGAACGAAUAAUUGAAAGUUCGACGACACAAUUUGGUAAAGGGAAAACGAUAACGAACACGAGAAAAUUUCUAGUUGCGCAAUAUGAAGAGGACGAAGAAGUUUUGGAACUGGUUGGUGAAGAGGAAGCUUUUAAAAAAAGGCCGAAAAUAAUGAAAACGCCCCCUCCGAUGAGGAAACUAAAGGAGGAAGUAAUUGUUAGAGCAAGCUCGUUUAGUGGAAGUACGAAGAGACAAAGAGAAGAGGAUGAAGGAACGGAAUUAGAGGAAUUCAUGGAACUUUUCGAUAAGAUAUAUGGAAAGGCAAGAAGGUUAAUGGAGCUCAUAGGAGAAAACACUAAUACAAAGGUGGAGAUCAAAGAUGAGAUCAGGGAGCUGAAACUACAAACGGAAAAAAGCAAAUAG